CGAAUGUGUCCCAUUCUUCUUUCCAUCUCUGUGGAAUUCCACGAUCCCUCCAACUCACGCCUUCAACAUCCCAAGGACGAUCGUACGGUAACUUUGACCUAAGGUACGUCCGAUGAUGUUCCUUUUCGUCGAGAAUUCUGGAGGUAAAAACUUGAGAAUGGAUCCGUCCCGGGCCACGGCUACUUUUUUGAGCAUUCAACAAAAAUUGACACCAACCGUAUUCAAUUGAGAAUUCAUGAAUGAAGCCGAAGCUGUAACSCGCUCCUAGUCACGUUWAAACUUCGAUAAAACCCAGCGACAGCGAUAGCAACGCAACGGGUCUGUGUAAAACGUAAUGAGGCAGCGCAACAAACCGAAUCCACCUUGGCCGCAUGCAAUGUGGCCAUUUACRAUUGCCAAUGCACUGUCAAUAUUUCUCUUCGUAUCUCAUUUUGACGAGCAAGUACAAGCUUUGUCGUCGAACUCGUUCUAUCUGAAGUCUCCAUCGAAAUCGUCGAGUUACUCCAAUAACCGCUAUCAUCAUGGCAGCAGCUACGGUUGUCGCCGAGCUAAAAAUAUCAAUAUCUACACAAAACGAAGAACCGCAAACAAUAAUAACUACACCCGAAGAUCCAAAUCAGACUUUUCAUUGACGAUGGCGAUGGACAUCGAUGUUAACGCAAUACCGGACAUUGCGUCAACAAUAGAAAGGAUACACCAAACAAUACCAAGUUUUUCGAAUGUGUUGGCCGAUGCARCAGACGCUGUGCAAUUAUCGCCGGCUACAGAAGGUGUACCUUCGACGGAAGAGGGCUCACUCGGUCACGACAUAUUUGUUUUUUUAACGGCUAGUGUAUUUGUGGUCCCUAUUUGCAAAUCACUGAAAAUAACACCGGUUCUUGGGUUUCUCUUCGCGGGCUGCGUUCUAGGUCCAUAUGGGUUGGGAUUGUUUGACAAUAGUGAACAAGAUCUGGUGUUGGGAGAUUUUGGUAUUCUUUUCCUGCUCUUCAAUGAGGGUUUGAGUCURAGUCCAGAGCGCAUUAAGGAGCUCGGUCGCUUUACAGGACUUGGUGCAUUCCAAUUGAUCAUAAGUAUUGGCUUGAUUUUUCUUGGAUCGAUACUGAUGGGACCCAUCCUCGUCGAGUACGCAAAAGAAAUUGGAUUGCCGGUCAACAUCAAACUUCUGAAACCGCUCUUUGACAAUCCCAUAGAAUCCUUUUGCAUUGCAUCCGCGGGUGCCUUAUCGUCUUCUGCUUUUGUUCUACCAUUCUUGAAAGAAAAGGACUGGGAAGAACGGCCAGAAGGAAUUGCUGGACUGUCAAUAUURCUGCUUCAGGAUUUAUCGGUGGCACCUCUUCUGGUCGUUUUGCCUUUGUUGGCCGGCGGUCCGUCCGCGCCACAGUCAUCGCUCGAGUUGGGAAUUCUGGUAUCUAAGGCGACAAUAGGAUUUGGUGCCGUACUGGUAGYGGGAAGCUAUGUUCUUCGUUAUGCCUUUGACGUGGUGGCAUCGGCUAGAUCCACAGAAACAUUUGUAGCUGCUUCCUUGUUAGUGGCAGUGGGGAUGGGUCAGGUGGCCGAUUACCUAGGACUCUCAGCAACUACCGGGGCAUUUGCUGCGGGUGUUUUGUUGGCUAGUAAUAGAUAUCGGGCUCAGAUCCAGGCGGACAUAAAACCAUUCGAAGGGAUUCUCUUGGGAAUAUUCUUCAUCACUGCCGGUGCGAAUCUAGAUCCUCUCCUCGUCCUCAGGGAGUGGCCGACGCURACUGCUGGAAUMAUAAUUUUUAUAUUGACUAAGGCGGGAAUUAUUUUCGCUUCUGGUCCAUCUUUGGGACUUACGACCGCUGAAUCUGCACGGGUCUCCUUGGUGUUGUCAGGUGGCGGAGAGUUCGCUUUUGUCGUCUUUCAGUUGGCUCAAGACCUUGGGAUACUGCCAGACAAGAUUGCGAAUUUAUUAAUUGCUUCCGUUAUAAUAUCUAUGUCGCUCACCCCGAUAUUAGGAGAAAUCGGUGCAGCRGCGGGAAACUUCAUCGAAUCUCAGAGUGGAGUCGUACGUGCCGAUGGUUUGACGGCUGAAGAAGAAAUUGCUCUCUUCGACAAAAUUGAUAUUGACAAAUCUGAGACAAUUGAGAUUGAAGAGCUCAGGGAAGCUCUAGUGAAACUCAAUUUCUCAUAUCCAGCGAUUGCAGAGGUGUUCGAGAAGUUCGACACUAAUGGUGACGGAGUGAUCUCGCGAGAGGAAUGGAAGGUUGGGACAGAAUCUGGCAUAUUGUCCGAUGCCUGCAAGAAAGACAUGGCAGAGUCUGCCAUGCCUACCAGCGACUUGUCAUUUAGUGACGAUGCCAUAAUUAUCUGUGGUUUUGGCCAAGUUGGUCAAGAAUUAUAUCAAAUAUUGGACGGCUUUGGGCUAUCUGGCACUAAAAGAAGCAAUGUGAUUUGUUUCGAUUUGAACCCAAAGCGCGUUUUGGCGGGGACAUUGAACGGGGCCCCAGUCGUCUUUGGUGAUGGUGCCAGAAGCGAACUGCUCAAAGCUGCUGGCGUGAAGAACCCAAAAGCAGCGAUCGUCGCUUUCGCCUCUGAUGAUCGACGAAUUAGUGCAACUAUGCGACUGCGCUCCUUCUUGCCUGAAGGAACUCCAAUUUAUGUWUACGAAGGCAAAAGUAGAAUUGCACCGAAGCUGAUAGAAGCUGGGGCAACUGAAGUCAUUGUUGAAAAAACAGAAACGAGUAUACGAUUCGCCUCCUUACUGGGUGUUUGUACGACAAAUACAGAAGCUUCUCGACUACGAGAGUUGAGCAUGAACCGCAUUGCCUUGAAAGCCUUAGCUACAGCAAAUGAUGAAUCUGAAACUCUCGUAUUACCAGGCAUAUCAGACGAGUUAAUAAUUGAUUUGUGUGAAGAGCUUGGCUGUUCCAGGAAAAACAUAGAGGAAUUGUACCUUUCAUUCCGUUCGAUUGCCAAUGGAAAGGAUUACGUCCCAAUUUCAGAGCUUAAAGAUAAUAUGAUGAGACAAUCAUCAGAUGGACCCUUGAACGAGUCUCAAUUGACAACUUGCAUGACUUUGGAAGACGAAGACGGAGGAGGAGACAUCACAUUCAUAGAGUUUUUGCGAGCUAAUUGGAAUUCAGAAUGUCCCAUCGAUUUGCCUCCCUAAUUUAUUCCACGGACAAUUUCAAAAUGAUAUUUCUCGAAAACCCGAGUUUUCAAAAUGAGUAUGGCAUGGCUCCUUUCGUGCCUUUGCCAGUUAUCUGUAAUGUCUACAGAURCGACGCUUUGGAUUAUGUGCAAGCUCAUUCUUCAAURCACUCAUGAUGUUAUGACACUUAUUCUUUUCUCCUGAGCUUCAUCAGGCGUGCAUUCACCACUGCAUCAACUCGGUUGGUCUAGAUAGAUUCUUAUUAUGCGAAUAACGUCGAGAAAAUCAAUUAUUUUCCUUUUG